GCAGUAGCGUGUCGAGCGUCGACCGGGACACAUGUCUGUAAACGAGCUUCAGGCGAAAACAACGAGACCGAACACGUAAAACGAAACACAGAAACUAAAAUUACAAGUUCAUUUUUUUUCUGUUCUAGAUCAAAGCAUUACUGUGUUAAAAAUCAAUGGGUUAAGAAAAGUAAAAUCAUAAGGGGAAAUGUUUUUGAACGUAAUAUAAUAUAAAAACUGUGAAAAAUUUAGUUAAAAAUGAUACUAAAAAUGGGAGGCAAGUCGCCUCCAGCCGCAAAACAACAGACAGACAAAGAGACGAAAAAAGAUGACAAAAAGAAAAAAAAUGAAAGAUGCGACGAGAAAUGCCCCAGCGAUCCGUGGGCCUACUGUGUUGUGUUGUGGUGUGCUUGUGCCAUGAGUCUCAUCUCGAGCGGGUACAGCCUGUAUAAGCAGCAAGGCUUACAGGACAGACUGUCUUUACUGGAAGAGCAGCACUUGGCGUUGAGGAGUGCGGUCUUGGAGCCUCAGCAGCCCCUAGUAGAACGACUUCGGAGAGAAGCCUUAUCAAGACCCCUGUAUUGGAGGCCCAGAAGGAGCAUCAGGGAUUACGGGGACUGCGGUUGUCCUGCAGGUCCUCCAGGCCCUCCUGGCAAGAGAGGGAAGAAAGGCAAAAAGGGAGACCCGGGCGAGCCCGGACCUUCGGGGUUGACGGGAGCGCCGGGGAAGAAUGGAUUCCCGGGUAGCAAGGGCGGGAAGGGCGAGCGAGGCUUCAUGGGACCAAUUGGAUUAGACGGACCAAAAGGCGAUCCGGGUCGACCCGGUGACAAGGGCCAGAAGGGCGAGCACGGGAGCCCAGGCUUCGACGUAUUCUCAGCCGUCAAGGGCGUCAAAAGAUCAGUGGACAACUUUAAGAUAAGUCCGUACACAACGGCAGAGAUUAUUGCAGUGAAGGGAGAGCCAGGUGAACCAGGUCCUCCGGGGCCACCGGGGCCCCAGGGCGGCGAGGGUCUACCCGGACACGAUGGACGCGGGGGUCCGCCCGGUCCCCCUGGCCCUGCUGGUACAUCCGGCCCACCCGGACCCACGGGACCCGUAGGACCACCGGGCCCGCCCGGACCACUAGGACAUAAGGGUGAUAAGGGAAAUAAAGGCGAACGGGGAUUUACGACGACGUUGAAAGGAGAUUCAUUUCCCACCGGCAUCAUCGAGGGACCUCCGGGACCCCCCGGACCCCCCGGUCGCACAGGCGAGGCGGGUCCGCGCGGCCCCCCCGGAGCGGAUGGCGCCCCGGGACUAGCUGGGGUUCCCGGCCCCCCUGGAAAGCCGGGUGAGCCGGGACCUAAGGGUGGCAAGGGUGAAUAUGGAGACAUGGGUUCUCCGGGUAUGCUGGGAGCCCCGGGACUACCUGGCCCGCCUGGUUACCCGGGCCUUAAGGGUGAAAAGGGCGACAAGGGAGAUUCGAAGUACAGGAAGCUGAGAAGAAGGCAGAACUUGCAGGGAGACGGCACCGGCUACGAGCUCUACGGACACGACAUGAUGUUGGGACCGCCGGGGCCGCCGGGACCGUCGGGGCCCCCCGGGGUGGCGGGCCCGCCCGGGAUCAAAGGCGACAAGGGGGAGCCUGGCAUCCGGGGCAAGGCGGGCGAUCGAGGAGAAAAAGGAGAUGCUGGCCCUAUGGGACUACCCGGACCGGUCGGGCUGCCGGGUGAGCCGGGCAGGCCGGGAGACUCGGGCCGCCGGGGCCCGCCCGGACUCGACGGCAUGAAGGGCGCACAAGGCGAGCCCGGCUCCAAGGGGGAGCGCGGCGACCCCGGCCUGCCGGGAACUGACGGUAUUCCCGGUCAAGAGGGUCCGAAGGGCGACAAAGGCUACAAGGGGGAGCCAGGCCCGGUCGGCAAGCGCGGCAGGAAGGGCGACAAGGGCGACAAGGGCGAGCAGGGCGUGCCGGGGCUGGACGCGCCCUGCCCGCUGGGACACGACGGCCUGCCCCUGCCCGGCUGCGGCUGGAGACCCAACAAGGAGUCGGUGCCGCUGCUGCCGCCGCGCGAGGGUGAGGCCGCGGGGGCGGGCGCGGGGGGAGAGCGCUCCGAGGAGGAGGACGAGGAGCCCGCGGAGGAGUACGAGGGACGCGAGGACGAGCUAGAGGCGCCGCGCGACUACGACGACUACACUGACAACUCGCAUCUAACGCACCAUCACGACUAACACACAGACACACACACACACACAGCACACGUUCAUGCUUCCUCACGCGCACACAUUUCGACUCAUCACAUCUUUUCUUAAUUCCUUUAUACAUUUUUCUCCCGAAGCCUGAAGAUCUCUAUUCUUAUUCUAACUGUCCACUGUCGCUCUGAACAAAGAUCAGAGCUCUGGUGCUCAUCUCCACUUCACGUUGUGGGUCACGGCGUUCUCGGACCUCAUCACGAGGAAUCAACUACCAAAUGUCCUCACUUCUCUCUUCCCUCCAUCUCCCUCCCACACCACACAGUACUAAAACUCGGCGCACUCCUCGGCAGCGAGUGCUAGCGGAGCGGCCGCCGCCUACAGUGCUACAGUGAGAAUACUCUCAGCCUAAUGUACUUGUAACCUUGAUGUUAUAUUCACAGUCUAAUGUACUUGUAAUAUAAAUCUGUAGGUACUUUGCAUGCAUGCCACUUAUUAACGGUUUGUUUUGUUUAUUUAUUUAAUUAAUAGUACAAACAAAGUAAUCUCUAAUUCAAAACAUGAUAAAUGCAACGAUAAAUGAAAGAAUUUUCACUGCAGCUUUUUUUACUUACACAAUACGAAAAUACUGUUUUCCGACCAAUCUACAUCAGACCAAAAUACAAUUAGAAAAGCUUACAUCCAAUAUUUUUAUUAUGUUUGCAUUUGAUUUUACUUAAUUACAUUAUUUAAUUUCUAUAAUUCCGAGAAGUAUAUUGUAUAUCUCAAACAGAUUGUUGAAUGCGUACAGGAGGCAAUGAUGCAGUGGGUGCGACGCCGGCUCGACGCGGACAACGACCUGCCUCUCUGAAACUCUACCGCGCUCUACACCUCUACACCUUUCUGUCAGAGUCGACUUUUACAAACAAAUAUCAUUUUCUUAUCUGUUUUAGGCGAACAUCUAUACUUGUUCAUACAUUCAUUCUGUAUAAAAAUGAACGUCUAAUACAAAUGUGUCAGUGAGCUCGUACAAUAACUACUGUAAAUAUUAGAGGUACUCCUUCUUAGUAGAAACGACUUGUAAUAUUUGUACGGGAUGCUUCUGUAUAUUGCGGGUUACAGGAGCCUCGUUGGGAGCGGUUCUCUGUGUACUGAGUUUGUCAUUGCAUUGUUGUAUCAUUAAUUAUUCUAAUGAAAUACUAAAUGUAAAUAUGUAAGCAGCGCUCACCCGAGCCCGUGUCUGAAUGCAAUGAAUGAGACUGGACGAGUGCGUCGGGUCGCGAGGUGCUCACAAUAUUGUUAUGAGAGCGUGUUGCUUCACUCUGUACAUAAUGUUAUUACUUACAACUUGUUUCGUACUGAAUAAAUCGUAUUUUGGAACAAAA